GGUCACGUGGAGGACCUCGCAGAGACAAGAGCAUAUGAUCCACAAACACAGACGUUUAAAAGUCUGACCGGCCCUUGUUGUUGGGGACACGGGUUGAAUCGGCGCGAUGCCCGGAAGACGCGUCUCCCGCCGCUCUCCGGUGACUCCACCGCGCAACGGACGGCUUGGAGCUCGAGGCGACAGUCCGGAGCCCAGAGACCGGCGGGUGCUGGACGCGUUGGGUGGCUUGUCUCGCCAGAUGACUGAGUUCGCUGCCGACUUAAACCAGAAGCUGGACGAGGUGAACAUCACGCUGCUGGCCCUGGAGGAGAGGAUGACUGCGGUGGAAUGCAAAGUCAACUCCGAACCCAGUGUGCAGGAGUCGAAGCGGAAAAGACGGGCGCACAACCCCAAGAUCGCGGAAACUGUGCGUCGUGUUCACAACUCUGAGUCGAAUGGCAGGCGCUACGAGCCGGAGCAAGGCCUGAGCUCCGCACACAACGAGGCAGUCACUGAACAUCUGGUCGAAGCUCUCGCUGCAACUCCGGGCUUGCGCUGUGUGGAACAUGACGUCAUAAUAUCUGCAUGUAAGACGUAUUACGAGACGUUGCGAAGGAACUUCCGCUACAGCCAACCGGACCUUGUGGAUCAGGCAGCCGCAUUGAAAAGCACAGCCCGGAGUCGACAGAGAAGGAAAAGGCUGCUCGAAGCGAGGCAGAGUGUCCUGGUGGCAGAUGACCUGGAGUUCUGGAGGGGCACCACCAUCGACAUGAUGUCGGAUGAGGAGGACGGCACGUUUGAGGGGGGGUCUGGGUGGAUAGUGCGGCGUCCAUCCUUCCGCAGCCAGGAGCUCACCGACAUGUGUGCCACACUUCAGACGAGACUAGAGGGUUGUCCGAAGUACACAACCACACACCACAGGCGUCUGCACACUGGGGAAAACUCGGACAGAGUGCCACCUAGAACGUACGACCCAGAGGCGGCAAAGAGACAUUUCAAGCCCCACAUGAUACCCCAGGUCCGGCUGUAGGCC